CAAUCAGAGACGAGCCGUCGCACGCGGAGCACUGGCAGUGACUAAUCACGCUUUGUGUUGUAAGCGAGUGUCAGUUUCAGAAUCGCAAACGAAAUCGAAUAAUUCACUCAGACUGCCGCUCCAGCAAAGAAUCAUGAAGACCUUAGUAGUGUUCGACUUCGAUUACACAAUAGUAGAUGACAACAGCGACACAUGGGUGAUCCGCUCCGUUCCUGAGCAGACGUUACCGGACUGGCUGAAGAAAUCCUACCAGAGAGGCCGCUGGACCGAGUACAUGGCUCGAGUCUUGACCUACAUCGGUGACCAGUCGGUCCGGCCGGAGCACAUGCGCGCGGUGAUGGAGAGCAUCCCGUUCACCGACGGCAUGAUCGAGCUCCUGACCUUCAUAUCUGACAACAAGAAGGACAUCGACUGCAUCAUAAUCUCCGAUUCCAACAGCAUCUUCAUAGACUGGGUUUUGCAUGCAUCAGGGUUGAAUUCUGCUGUGGAUGACGUCUUCACCAACCCUGCAAGCAUCGAUGCGCGCGGCUACGUGAGCGUGCGCUGCUUUCACGCGCAUAACUGCCAGCAAUGUCCCGUAAACUUGUGCAAGAGCAGGGUGCUGCAAGAUUUCAGAGAGAAGCAGGCUAAGGAUGGUGUGCAUUACCAGAGGAUUUGUUAUAUAGGAGAUGGAGGAAACGACUUUUGCCCCGUUCGUGAAUUGAAAGAAGGAGAUAUUGCAAUGCCUAGGAAAGGAUUCACCCUUGAGAAACUGUUGUGCAAAACCAUUUCGGAGGGUUCAGAAGCACUGCAUGCGAAAAUCAUGCCCUGGGCUAGUGGCAAUGAAAUCCUCAGGGAAUUAAGAGCUCUUAUUGAGUAAUAUCGUAUUAUAUGCAAUAUUGUGACGAACUAGACUCACUUUACUAAUAGAAUAAUCACAUGGUAAAUCUGCACUAAAUGCAUCAUGUGCAUGAAUGGGCAUUCUAUUAUAGCUCAUUCCCCCUUUAAUCUACUUGAUAAACUUAUUUGGGCAUGGUGUAAUAUCUUUUAGAAUUAAGUUUAUGUUUUGGUUUCAUUGCACAUUUUAAAAUGUAAUGUUUUUCGCAGUUUUACAUAUAAUUGUUUUGACAUUUUUUAGAUUUAAAUAAUAAAUAAGCUCACUGGCUGAAUUUAUGUAACAAUAAUUUAACAGUUUGAGGUGCUUGAUAUUUAAUCCACUGAGGUUUGCUGCAGAGUAUUGCAAUGAACAAAUUUAAAAGUUUUAACAUGCUGCAAAGUAUUUAUUUUAAAAUCUGCACGAUGAAAAUCCUAUCUAUAAAUCCUAACCCAAUGAAUGCAAUUAUUGUCAUGUUGUAAAAACGUAAAGCAUCACGAUUGUGACCCUAACCUUUAACACUGCAGUUUGCUACUGCUAUGAAAUGAAAAUAGUUUAAUAUUUCAGUGCAGAAGAUAUAAAACCAACCUUAUUUUUAUUAUUAUUAGAAAACCCUAUCUGCAUGUCAGUACCAUAUUCCUAUAAAUACACCAGACCCCUUAUUUUAGGCUUAUCUUACUAUUUUUCUUUGAUUAUAUUUUAUUUCUGUUUUUAAGUUGAUUUAUGUAUUACAAAUAAAUCUAAUAAUUUGAUUAAAUAAUGUUGUUAUUAUUAAUGAAACACUUCUUUUCUGUGUGGAUUUUCAAUGUGGUGUCAGACUUUUGGACCCCGUUGUAUGUUUCAGUCAUGUUUGGAAAGCCAGCUGUGUCAUAGACACUCGUGCUGAGUCCUGAUAACAGCAUUUUGGGGUCAGACGUGUCGCUCUUGACUUUAGAUAAACAGUGUUGUGAAUGUUUGUUCCUGAGUGUGCUUGAAUUUUACAUGCGUAUUGUAAAUGCAGCCGGAUUCUUGAUUCAAAGUGUUGUAUUCAAAGCAGAGAUGAACAGGGACUCUAGUAUUGGCUUAUAAAUAAACAAAGUUUGCAUGUCAGAAAAGUUUGUUAAUAUGACCAGAGCAUCGUCAUAUUCUCCUAAACUGAGACCUUGUUCCUGUUAGUGUUUACAACAAAUCUAGUGUCAUUUGUGCUUGUGACACACAGGCCAUUCACAUGUUUAGUGUCUGAUUAUAAUUGAAUAAAUAUUACCCAGUCUAA